AUGCACUCUCCCCAAAAAAAAAAAAAACCCUCUAGCAAUGCACACCAAACUGAGCAUGUGCAGAGUGCCUCCACAUGACAUGUCUUAUCAGGAGAUAUGAGGGGGACACUGGAAGAAGGGGAGGAUCAGAGAAGACAGGAUCAAACUGCAUUUUUACACAAUGCAGAGGAUUAACCCCUUAGGUUUCAAAGUGAGUAUAACAAGCAUACUUUACUGCCAGGGGCGGACUGACCAUUUGGAAACUCGGGCACUGCCCGAGGGCCCGGGGUCAGAAGGGGGCCCC